AUGUGCCCGGAGGAGGACGGAGGCUGCGGCGUGGUGGGGACCGGGGGGCCGGAGGGGCUGGGCGAGCUCCGCUCCUGGUGGGAAGUCCCGGCCAUCGCUCACUUCUGCUCCCUCUUCCGCACCGCUUUCCGUCUGCCCGACUUCGAGAUAGAGGAACUGGAAGCUGCUCUUCACAGGGAUGAUGUGGAGUUUAUCAGUGACCUGAUUGCCUGCCUCCUUCAGGGUUGCUAUCAGCGCAGGGACAUCACGUCACAGACGUUUCACAGCUACCUUGAGGACAUUAUCAACUAUCGCUGGGAGCUGGAGGAAGGGAAACCCAACCCCCUACGGGAAUCCACUUUCCAGGAGCUGCCGCUGCGCACCCGCGUGGAGAUCCUUCACCGCCUCUGCGAUUACCGGCUUGAUGCAGAUGACGUCUUCGACCUCCUCAAGGGUUUGGAUGCAGACAGCCUCCGUGUAGAACCACUGGGUGAGGAUAGUAAUGGCGCCCUCUAUUGGUAUUUCUAUGGCACUCGUAUGUACAAAGAAGAGCCAGUGCAGGGGAAAUCAAAUGGAGAGCUGGCUUCAGACAGGGGAAGUGGGGGCCAGACAAACACCCCAAAUGUUCCUGGGAAAACAGGCAAGAGACGAGGGCGACCCCCAAAACGGAAGAAACUGCUGGAGGAGAAUCUGUUGAGGGAGAAGGCUGAAGAGAACUCGUUCGUGCAUGAGACACAGAUGAAAAAUGGGUCCCAGGGACCAGGCCGUGGGACAUGGUGGCUGCUAUGUCAGACAGAAGAGGAAUGGAGACAAGUCACAGAGAGCUUCAGAGAGAGAACUUCCCUAAGAGAAAGGCAGCUCUACAAACUCCUGAGUGAAGACUUCCUGCCUGAGAUUUGCAACAUGAUUGCCCAGAAGGAGAAGCGUCUGCAGCGCACGGAGUUUUCGCCCAGGUGGAUGUCUGACCGUCAGCCCAUUAAACCAAUCCAGCAGGAGGUCACUCCAAGUGUGCUCAGCAGGAUGGAGAAGCAAAGGCGCAGGGAGGAAGAGGAGGAGCGCCAAAUCCUUCUGGCAGUGCAGAAGAAGGAGCAGGAACAGCUGCUAAAGGAGGAGAGGAAGAGGGAGAUGGAGGAGAAGGUCAAAGCAGUGGAAG